CGAGUGCACAUGGUCGUGUUCAGGGUGCAGACUAUAGUCCUGAUAGCUAUAUCGAGGGUGAGUGGGUUGAGGGGCACAAAGUCUACCAGCGUGGUCAUACAAAGCUCCCGCCCACCCCGGCGACCCCCGACCAGAGGUGGUUGAUUGCACCUAACGGGGAGAAGUAAGUGCAUUUACUCUUUUUUAACCUUUUGCCUUGACGUUUCUUCGAAUAUCUAAUGCGUUGGCCUUGUCAUACUGCAGUUCUUGGACACACGAAGAUGGUGUCCGUAGGCCCAACACUGUCCUUGGUGUGAUUUGUCGCUAGUGCUUCCCAGGGUGGGUCACGUUGCCCGGUGAGGGCCGGGUUCCAGAGCUAGGAAUGACCUGGGAGCACUACUUGGCUGCCCCGGCCCCGCCGGAGCAUAGGGUCGGCGAUGUCGAGUGCGACACGGUGGCCGGCAUUGUGAUCGCCAUGUUUUGGACCUUCUACAGGUGUGCUGAGGGAUAGGAGGAGGCCGCGGCUCGGGUUAUCGACGCCGAGUGCAGGCGCCUACUUGGAAACUUUCGGCACGAGGCUCGGAUGCAGGCUGUUCGAGACUACUUAGCACAGACUGGUAUUAGGAGGAGAAAAGAGAAGUGCCGGGACAAGUAUCUGAGUAAGGAGAAGUACAUGAAGGUGCCCCCGAGAUGGUGUGCGGACAAGAUGGACUGCUGGGAGGCGUUGGUGGAUGAGUGGUGCUCUCCCCAAUGGCGCGUCGCCCACAACAUUGCAAAGGAGAAGCGUCUCAAAAUGGAAGGUGUGCCACACCAUCUAGGCAGCGUCAACCUACAUGGGUACGGGAAAAACUGGUCAAAACACAACAAGGCUCCAGUGCCAGAGCUGUUCGACCUCUAUGGCAUGUCCAAUAUUGCACCGUACAAGAAGGCCAAGGCAUUCUCUGAGUCUGACCUCGAAAAUGCAGAGAACUUCAGCAACAAGGCCUCCCACCACAAGAUGGUGCAGUACGUUAAGCAGGGGAAGGCGAGGAAAGGGCCGGACUUUAACCCGAGCUGGCCUCUUGAUCCAGAGCUGGUGAUGAUAUCUGGUGGCGGGAGGUCCCAUGGAUCGUUAGCCAUUGGUAAUGGACUGAUACGUUGUAGUAGCACUCUCCCGUAGAUCAAGAAGCGCCAGACCAGCUCUGAUCCUGAGAUACCGCCUCAUUUACGACUAGUGGAAAUUGAAUUCUAGGCUGCUAUUGAGGCAGAGAGAGCAAGGACCCAUGCUGCUUUUGAGGAGAGGGACCGGAAGUUGGCGGAGAGGGACCGGGAGAAAGGACGGCUAGGCUGUUGGAGGAGGAGAGGAACCGGAACGACUUGGCUAACCGGGCCAUGUACGAGCUCUUCGUGUCCAUGUGCGAGAAGAACGGCCAGACCCCUCCGCCGAUGCCAGUCAUUGCUCCGGCG